AAAAAUCAAUACAACCAACAGCGCGAGCAACCCAGAGAUUAGUAGGAGGACAGAGGAGGAAGUGGGCGGUGCAAGAGCGCCGUCACACGGUCCGGGAUCUCAGCAUGGCUGGGGAGGAGGUUGUUAGCGAGCAGGCGGCCGCCGCGAUUCAGUCCCCACCGAUGCACAGAAAGCCACAGGGCGAGGAAGGGAGCGGCAGUUCUGUGCCGCUCCGCUACAUCUGUUCCUUUCCGGACUGCGACGCCACCUUCAACAAGGGCUGGAAGUUGGAGGUCCACCUUUGCAAACACACCGGGGAGCGACCUUUUGUUUGUGAUCAUGAAGGCUGUGGUAAAAGGUUCACAAGAGACUUCCAUCUCAGGCGCCAUAGUCUUAUACACUCUGGAGAGAAGCAAUUUAUGUGUACAGUUGAUGGCUGCAAUAAAAAAUUUGCAACAAAACAAAAUUUGACUAAGCAUAUAGGAUGCAAGCACAGCAAUCUCCUAUAUGUGUGUGACUUUGAAAACUGUGGGAAGUCUUUUAAAAAACACCAGCUGUUAAAAACUCAUCAGUGUCAACAUACCGGGGAACUAUUAUUCAAAUGUAGUCAUCAAGGAUGCGAAAAGCGCUUUCCUACACGUCAGCAUUUAAAACGCCAUGAAAAAAUCCAUGAAGGCUAUGCAUGUCAAAAAGAUGGCUGUUCAUUUAUUGGAGAAACAUGGUCACACCUCCGGAAACACACAAAAAUUGGACAUAUUGAGCCAGUAGUCUGCAGUGUGUGUGGCAAAACAUUCACUCGUAAAGAUUACCUCAGAUGCCACCAAAAAAUUCAUGCCUCAGAGAGGGAUGUGUUCAGAUGUCCAAGAGAAGGCUGCAGAAGGACUUAUACCACCCUGUUCAAUCUUCAAAGCCACAUUGUCUCUUUCCAUGAGGAGAAAAGACCAUUCUCAUGUGACCACCCUGGCUGUGGAAAAGUUUUUGCAAUGAAACAAAGUCUCGUAAGGCAUGCCGUUGUACAUGACCCAGAGAAGAAGAAGCUGAACAUAAAUAAACAGCGUCCCAAGCGGAGCCUGGCCUCUCGCCUCACUGGCUACAUUCCACCUAAGGUGGAACGAAGAUGUGAACCAGCAAUGGUUGAGACCCUGACUGCACAAAACAACGUGAAGAACACCCUGCCAGCUGUUGAGACAUUGUGUCUGGAUUAGAGUUGUAGAUGAGUUUUAUGCACUUCAGUGGCUUUAGGAAGUCACUUUUGGCAAGUUUCUAUUUUGUACAGAAAACUGAAUUUGCUUUGAAAUGUUUCCACUUUCUGUUAAAAGAAAAAUCUCUGAAAUACAUUAUUCAGCAGUUUC